GGUAAGCUGGGAUGAAGUGAGAGAGUGGCAUGGACAUAUAUAUACUACCAAACGUAAAAUAGAUAGCUAGUGGGAAGUAGCCGCAUAGCACAGGGAGAACAACUCAUUGCUUUGUGACCACCUAGAGCGGUGGGAUAUGGAGGAUGGGAGGGAGACGCAAGAGGGAGGGGACAUGGGGAUAUAUGUAUACAUAUAGCUGAUUCACUUUGUUAUACAGCAGAAACUAGCACAACAUUGUUAAGCAAUUAUACUCCAAUAAAGAUGUUUAAAAAAAAAGUGAAGAUUCUAAAAAAAAAAAAAAAAAAGUUUUAAUUCCCCUCCAAAAUUAAUCUAUAGAACAGAUGCAAUUCCCUUCAAAAUCCCAUCAAGAUUUCUCACAAAACUUGAAAAACUGAUUUUAAGAUUUAUAUGGGGGACUUCCCUGGUGGCACACUGGCUAAGAAUCCGCCUACCAAUGCAGGGGACAUGGGAUCGAUCCCUGGUCUGGGAAAAUCCCACAUGCUGUGGAGCAACUAAGCCUGUACACCACAACCACUAAGCCUGCGCUCUAGAACCCACAGGCCACAACUACUGAGCCCACGUGCCACAACUACUGAGCCCACGUGCCACAACUACUGAAGCCCUCAUGCCUAGAGCCCGUGCUCCGCAACAAGAGAAGCCACUGCAAUGAGAAGCCCGCGCACUUCAACGAGGAGUAGCCCCUGCUCACCGCAACUACUGAGUGCCCAUGUACAGCAACGAAGACGCAACACAGCCGAUUUACAUGGAAAAGAAAUGGUCAAAAAUAGCCAAGGAACUGCUAUAGAAGAAAAACGGGUGACUGAGUAGGGGGGCUGAGAAACUUGACUUAACCAGAUAUCAAGUUAUUUUAAAGUUGUAAUAAUAAUACUGUAGAUUUGGCAGUGGAAUAGAGAGUUCAGAAAGAGACCUACACAUGUAUAGAAACCUAAUAUACUGCAGAGAUGGCACUGCAGAUUAGUGGAGACAAGAUGAAUUAUUCAAGAAAUAUAUAAGGACAUAAAAAAACAUAUAUCAUGAAGAACCUAGGGGCAAGACGGGAAUAAAGACACAGACCUACUAGAGAAUGGACUUGAGGACACGGGGAGGGGGAAGGGUAAGCUGGGACAAAGUGAGAGAGUGGCAUGGACAUAUAUACACUACCAAAUGUAAAAUAGCUAGUGGGAAGCAGCCGCAUAGCACAGGGAGAUCAGCUCGGUGGUUUGUGACCACCUAGAGGGGUGGGAUAGGGAGUGUGGGAGGGAGGGAGACACAAGUGGGAAGAGAUAUGGGGAUAUAUGUAUAUGUAUAACUGAUUCACUUUGUUAUGAAGCAGAAACUAACACACCACUGUAAAGCAACUAUCCUCCAAUAAAGAUGUUAAAAAAUAUAUAUAUAUAUAAGGACAUUUGGAAAAAGUUAAAAUUUCUUUCUCACACACAAGAUUCUAGAUGAAUUAAAAAUUUAAAUGUGAAAGUCAAAACACUUAAACUUUUAGAAUAUAUAGAAGUAUGUUAAUGAUCUCAGGGUUUGGAAGGAUUUCCAAAUAACAUAAAUACUAACCAUAAAAAGCAAAAAAAAAAAAAAAUUUAAACAUUAAAAUUAAGGAGUUUAGUUCACCAGAAGACACCAUGAAGCGGUUCAAAAGAUAAGAAAUGUGAGAAAAAUACAAUAUUUUAAACAUAUACAACUAACAAAGAAUUAAUAUCCAGCAUACAUAAAGAACUCCCAUGAAUCAACAAGAAAAACCCAAACAAUCUGAUAGAGAAAUAAACAAAUUUUUCUUUAAAAGGCAUUUUACUUAAGCAUAUGAAAAGGCAUCCAACGUCUUUGGUAAUUAGAGAAAUAAACAUUAAAAGCACAAUAAGAUACCCAAGUGUUAACUAGUAAGAACUAGUUAGAGCAGUAAGAACUCUCAUACCCUGCAGGUGGGAGUUUAAAUUGGUUACUACUACUCUGUAACCAUUUUGGCAUUAAUGAAGCUGAAAUGUACAUACUCCAAGACCCAGCAAUUCCAUAACCAGAAAUAUACCCUAGAAAAACUAUUGCACAUAUAUACCAGAAGACAUAUACAAGAACGUAUUCUCUUACUCUACGGGGUCAACAUUACAAAUUAACUCUGAAAUGUUUAAUUAAAAAUCAUACAACAUACUCAUUAUCCAAAAUUAACAUUUAUGGAGCACAUAAAUAUUCUCUUCAUGGACUUCUUAUUCAUAAUUGCUAAACGCAUUAAUAAAUAUCAGUAAUACCUUUUUGUAAAUAUAGAGAUAAAACACACCUGACAGGUCAAUUUUAGAUAUAACAUGAAUGACUUUUUGUUCAUACUGACAGGCAUAUAUACUUUAAACACCAAAGACUAUUCCAAGCAUUUAUGGGAAAAAAUUCUUUCUGAAGAUUAUUUCAACUUAAUCAGGAUUAAAUGUAUUUAAACUUUGGCCCUUAUUAUCCUGAGUGAAAGAAAUAACUUUAGUUUUAAUAUUUUACUUAAUCAGAAAAUAAACAGAAGGGAACAAUAUGAAUAAACAAGAAUAUGGAGAGCCUGAUGUCCUGUGGUCUUCCUUAAUAACAACCCAUUUUCAAGAGACUAUAAUCUCCUCAACAGAAGCUUUCUACCAAGGAUCUUAAUCAGAUUCUGAGAAAAUUUACACUCAAAAUAAACAAUAUGCCACUAAAACCCAAACAGUGUAAGUAUUAGCAGCUAUACAAAAAGUUAGCUUCUAUCUAAUGAGUCAUUUUUAAAAUGAUGAAAGUCUAAGUCUUUCAAGUGCUUUCUAUUCAAGCUGGAAAAUAUAUAAAGGUAGGAAUCAUUUACAAAGCAGGUUGAGAAAUUUUACUUCAUUUUACACAUCCUUGUUUGACUCCAUGCAAACAUCAAACUAAGAAUGGCAAAAAUGAGUUUCUCUUCCUACAUAUUAAUACUAACUUUUUCCUUGCUUUCUCAAGGUGUUUCGCCUUCAGCCUCCAAGUCAAUAAGAAAUUUAGAAGAUGACAUGGUAUUUAAAACGCUGAGGCUGGCGAAAGGCUUUCAGAAGGAAGAUACUGAAGAAAAAUCAAUUGUUGUUCCUUCCCUGGAGGAAUAUAAAAAUGAUGAGAGCGAUUUCAUGAAUGAUGAGGAAAACAAAAAUUCAAAGAAUGCAGGUUCCAAACACAAUUUCUUAAAUCAUGGUCUGCCACUGAACCUGGCUAUAAAACCUUAUCUUGCACUAAAAGGAUCUGUAGCUCUUCCAGCUGAGAAUGAAGUUCAAAAUACUGAAUCAAUACAAGAAAAGAGAGAAAUUGCGGACGAAGAAAACUCAGCUAAAUUUCCUAUAGGAAGGAGAGAUUUUGACAGUGAGUAGUCUUUUUAAAAUU